AUGACAGAUACUUACUUAUGCUCGCUUCUUUAGAUCAUUUAAUUGUUUUUUAAAUUAAUAUCUUGUUUUUACAAAAGUUAUUUCUGGCUGAUUUUAUUACAUUUACUUACUACUCGAAUGAUAAAUCAUUUUUAAUUUAUUAUUAGAACGAUGUAUUAAAUUUUUUUCAGUAGAUAGAUUGAUAUUUAGAAGCAAUUAUUCAUUUGUUUACUUUUUUCCUUUAUUUCUAUAACGAUCUAGGCAGGUACAAAAUUUAAAUGUUAAUUUUCAGGAGUUAGUUCAUUAGAGUUUUUUUGUUAGAUUUUAUAUUCUUAAUUUAUUUAAACUCAAGAAUUUAAUUAAUGUGCUGAGAAAUAAAGAGAGUCAGAGAGAAGCAAUUGUAAGGAUCAAAUUUAAGUUAAUUUAUGA